AUGAAUCAAAACUCAAUUUUCAUUGUUGUGCAGCAAGCUUAUUUGAAAUGUGCAUAUGAGUGCUUUGACAGAAGAAGAAAUCAGGAGGAGAUAAGUAACUGCGUCGAGCACUGCAGUGUCCCAGUUGUCAAAUCUCUGCAGCAUUUUGAGAAGGAAAUGGCUAAACUGAACAGAUCAUUGGUGGUAUGUCAAGACAAAUUUGAGGCUGCGAAGCUCCAGAAGAUAAGGCCUGAAGCGGUUAAUGAGAUGGAGGGUUGCGUGCACAAAGCCAUUGAAGAGAAUCUCAACACAUUACCACACAUUGUUGAGAGAAUGAAGACAGCAUUUAACAUAGCCAACUAA